AUGUGGCCCUUAACGAUCUUCACCAUCACUUCCCUUCUUCCCCUUGGUCUCGGCGCCGCUGUGAAGCCCGGCGUAACGCCACGCCACCGAGACCUAGACGUGCCUCCCAAUCUCCUCGCCAAGCGAGCUAACCUCGACCCCGAGGACAUCGAGUACGCCGCCCUGUACCUGCGACACCUCGCCGACACCAACAACAACCCGCUCUGGACCAUGCCGAAAGAGCUCGAAUGCUCCGAAUGGACGCUCCCGCUCUUCGGCGCCGGUACCGUCCUCGCGCUCGCCAAACACAUCAACCCGCGCACCAUUUCCUCCGUCACAUAUUACGACAUCGCCCGCACCAUCGACGGAGGCGAGGACGCGACGGAAGAACAGCGUGCUGCUUCGCUUCUCAGUGCUUGUGGUGCUAAUGGCGGCCAGUUGACUGUUACUGUCAACGCCUCGGAUCCAACCUACAGCAGCCCCGAGUAUAUUGCGAACGGGAAUUCGCGGGUUUGGAGGACGUUGAUACUACAAGGUCGUUGUGGUAUUGGUCUUGGCUGCAAAUAUUAA